GGCAAGCCCUUAAAACAAGAUGCAUGCUGUUUUUUUCUCAAUUCAGGAAAUGAAACAGUGGUCUUCAUUUUCUCUUAUAAUAAUCAAUAAGUUACGGCUAAAUUGACGAAAGUAGAGUUUUGCAAAAAUAUUCUAUUAGCCUAGAUUGAUUUGGUGCAUCUCGUUCUGCUAUUCCGCGUAGCCGCCACAAGAAGCUUCACCACAUGACACGCAACUCUGCUGGGAAACAUGCUUGCGGUUGUUGCAUAACGAGCAUUGCAGACAAGCUGACCCAUCAUUAAUCUUAGUCGUCGUAGUCAUCUUCGCCACCCGUACACGCGCGAAGUGACUAUCGCUUAUCAGGCACUUGGAUGCUUUUGCCACGAUUCCUCCUUUUCGCUAUUACCACGUGACGCACCUUCCACAUUUUUCUUCGUUUUUUUUUCGCUAGCAGUCCCACAUUUCUUUCUCUUUUUUUUUCUCGUGUAUUUCUCGCUUCGCAGGAAGACGUCAACACCCGGCUGCAGUUUCGUGACUCUUCACGCGCCUGUGAGCAGUCGUCCUGUUCCAGAGUACAUGACCGGCACUGUGCGGAACCGAGGUCAUGGCCUCUGCCACAGCAGCUGUGCCCGGCGCAGGUGCGGCCCCUCCCGCGCUGUCGUCCGCGGCGGGCUCCGCGCGCAGUCGGUCCGCACAGGCUCUUCAGCAGCGGGCGGCGUCCCAGGCGGGCGCCGCUGCGAUGCCGCCACCGAGCCCUGUGGCGACCGGCCGCGGCCACUGCGACGGCUCCGUCGGCCCGCCGACGGGGGGCGGCUCUGCGGAGGGCAGCCCGCCUCCGCCUCGCCGGCCACGACUCCACCCCGCACCGGUGCCGACAUCACCACCUCGACCCCAACUGGGUCAUCCAACGACGAGAUGCGAAUCGGGGAGAUGGAACGGUCCCUUCCUUCGCACUUUCAUCGGCGACCCGCACACGAAAAGCUUGGCCGGCCGAUCCAGUUGGUCGCCAACCACUUCAGCAUCGAGAUCCCCGACGGCAACGUGGUUCACUACGACGUGGAGAUCCACUGCGGCACCUCAGCGGGGGCCAAGGUGCCCGAGCAGGGGUAUCGCUGCCUCAGCACCAAGGUCAACCGCCUAGUAAUCGAGCUGCUCGUCGGGAAGUACCGACACGGCCUCUCCAACUGCAUCCCGGCUUUCGACGACCGCAAGAACCUGUACACGCGACGCCAGCUCAACUUCUGCGAGCGGACCUUCUCCGUUGCACUAAACGAGGACCAGAGGAUGCAGAAGUUCCUCGUCAAGGUCCAGCACGCGGCCGCUGUCAAGUUGGGCGCCCUGCACGCCGUCUACCAGAAUCGCGUCAAUAGCGCACCCCAGGAGGUGCUGCAGCUGGCGAUCGACGUCGUCGUGCGCCACGGGCCGUCGAUGGAGCCGACGCCCGUCGGGCUCUCCUUGGGGGCACCGCCGCCGCACGAGCCGAACGGCGGCGACUACGACGCGAGCGUGUGGCCGGCCUGGUCGAAGCCCGUGCUGAAUGCGGAUGUGUCGGCGACCGCCUUCUACGAGUCUCUUCCGCUGAUGCGCAAGAUCUUCGGCGAUAGCCGGCUCGAGAUGGCGCCCGCCGACUUCAAGACGCUUCGCGACUUCCACCACGCGCGGCUCAACAAGCGGCUGCGCGUGAAGGUCACGCACCUGCCCUGCCCGCGCAAGUACACGGUUGUGCGCGUCACCAAGGAGUCGGCCAAGGAGAUCUUCUUCGGCGAGGAGGGGAAGAGAACUUCCGUGGCCGAGUACUUCGAGAAACGCGACAGCCGCCUCGCGUACCCGCACUUUCCCUGCGUGCAGAGCGGAAGCCUCGUGCACCCGGUCUACAUUCUGCUCGAGGUGCGCGAGCUCGUCGAGCACUGCCGCAAGAAGCUCGACGAGAACCACGCCGCCGAGAUGAUCGAGCGCACGGCCAAGCAGCCUGCCAAGCGCUUCCAGGAAAUCCGCCAGUCCGUGCGCGAUCUGGUGAACAGCACCAAGAAUUACCUGCGCGAAUUCGACAUCAAGAUCAGCACCGAUCCAACGCAGCUCAAGGGUCGAGUGCUCGAGCCUCCCUCGCUGGUGCUCGAGAACGACUCCCCCAGCGAGCCGCGCGAGGGCACGUGGGAUCUUCGUGGCCAGCACUUCUACAAGCCAGCCACCAUGGACCGCUGGACGUUGGUCAGCCUGAGCCGGUUCGCGCAGCGCGACCACCUCGACAACUUCAAGGUGCUUAUGCGCAUCGGCCUGGAACUGGGCAUGCGCAUCGACCAGCCGCUCGAGAUCUCUGCGCCCGACCACAACCGGCGAUCCAUUCGCUCCAUCCUCGGCGAGCAGCAGCACAAGCGCAGCAAGCUCCGGAUGGUCGUCGUCGUGAUCGCCAAGACGACAAGCUGCGCCGAGAUCAAGCAGGUUGCCGAGACCGAGCUCGGGCUGUGCACUCAGUGCUUGCUGGACAACAGCGUAGUCAAGAAGCGCAACGCGGCGCUCGUGCAGAACCUGUGCCCGAAGGUCAACGCCAGGAUGGGCGGCACCAACAACAGCCUGCUGGCGCAAGAGAAGCCCACGCUGUUCCAGAAGCCCGUGGUCACCAUCGGCGCCGACGUGUCUCACCCGUCGCCCGGCGACAAGAUCCGGCCCUCGAUCGCCGCCUGCGUCGGCAGACUCGACUCGAUACCGUCCAAGUUCCACGCCGCCGUCCGCAUCCAGAUGGAGCAUGCCGAUGCCAAGGCGCGAGUCGAGAUCAUCAAGGAUCUCAAGGAGAUGAUGAAGGAUAUGCUCAAGGCCUUCUUCGGCGCCACGAAGCACAAGCCAGAGCGCAUCAUCUUCUACCGCGACGGCGUCAGCGAGGGACAGUUCCUCGAAGUUCGAAACCGCGAGGUGAGCGCCAUCCGGCUGGCGCGCAAGGAGCUGUCGCCCAACGAGUCGUACGAACCGGCGCGCGCCUUCGUCGUGGUGCGCCACCGCUUCGUGCCGACCACGGUCGCGCAUCCGCCGGACUUGUUCCUCGACAGCCACUCCGUCGUCCAGGGUACCAGCCGCCCGACGAACUACUACAUCGUCUGGGACGACUCUAACUUCACGGCGGACGAGCUGCAGAAGCUGAGCUGCUACCUCCGCCACACGUACGCCCGGUGCGCUCGCAGUGUCAGCAUCCCUGCACCCGUGUGCUGCGCGCACCUGGCCGCGUUACGGGCCAAGAACCACGUCCCGAGCGAGUCGGACGUAUCCGGCUCCAGUAGCGACUCUUCCGGCGGCAGCGGGGACAACGUUGCCACCAGCCAGUACGUCGAGGCCGCCCGGGUGCUGGACGCGCUCCAGACCUCGAUGUACCUUGUCUGAGCUGCCGCCCUGUAAUCUGCUGCCUGAACGGUAUACGCCAAAGCAGCUACAGCAGCGAAUCCACCACUCUGUCUUGGCUCGGUGGUGCCAUUUUACUCACCGACGGUACUGACGGCAGCAAAGGGCGAUGAUGGCUUACACAACGUCACCACUCCCUAAAAGGUAUUUGGACCCUUCAGAUACAAUUUUCUCGUAAACUAAGUCUUUUCUUGGCACAAAACAAGCAUUGCGAGGUUUCUGGAAAGGUAUUUAAACAUUCCAAGUCGAUUUAGUAUUUGCCUUUCGUGUCCCUUUAAACAUGGACCUAAAGACAAGCUUGAUUUUAUUUAAACGGUACUAAAUAUAAUCAGAGUGGCUCACAAUAAAUGCAGCCAACAAAUAUGUGAUAAAAAAUUUAAACAUUUUGAAAGUUACAUUAGAAGCCAGCCAACAGACUAACAGAAUAGAACACACGCUAACAUGCUGCAACAUGACUGCAAAACAGGGAAGAAUAAACAAGAGUGGCGAGUCGAAUAACAAACACACCUCUGACAUAUUUCCUAACAGGAAUACUCCUCUUGUCAAAGAAGCACCCUUGCCACUGCUCCCCAGAUUCAGUCAUUCAAGUCAAAUGACAAAUUUGCAGAAUACAUUGCUCACAAUAAGCAAGUUCAUCUGCUAGCAAAGGCUUACUGGCUUGAUCUGUAUUUAGCUUUUCCUCCGUGACGGUUACUCCAUCAAGGCUAUGAUAAAUUUCGUAUACAGCUGAAUACGAGACAAAAUGGCUUACGAAUGAUGUAUUCAAGGCGCAUGAAACAUUGCCUUUGAUGCAGAAGCUGUAAACAGUUGCGAGCUAACUUAAAAGUGCUUACGUCACAGUUUCCAAGGGAUGUGUAGAAUGCAAUUUUCAAGCGUUCACUCAGCCAAUUUUUCUUCUUAAAUGUUCGCGCUAAUUACAGAAAUAUAUCGUCAGUGUUGCAGCGGACUGAGGUUUUUCAUGUGUUCACACAAUUGCACCUUUACCUAUCAAAUAUUGGCUGGAAGUCUCCAUUUAUGACGAACGUUCACAUGUGCGGUGACUGCGCUUAAUUCGUGCGAACUACUUAAAAAGUUGGUUGAGUAUGCAAUGGUUAACGCUAGAAACAUGCAUUCUGGGCAUCCCGUGAAAGCCGCGAGGUAAGCACGGUUAAAUUUGCUCACAAACGUUUAUUAAAGGGCAAGCCAUGCCAACCGAAAGCACGGGUGGCCGGCGACUAGUCACACAACAAAUUUAGCGCGAAUCCUUGAGUCACUCGCGUGUUUUUAUGAAAUGUGAGAGGUUGCUAGGGGCUGCGCGCCAAGACGUAAGGCCAGCGAAACGAUGUACAUUUGCGGGCACUUUAGUCUUGUAAAAGCGUGACGGAAGCAUCAGCCCAAAAGAGUUUGAAUAAAUUUGCAUUAUGCGCGUCAUCGCAAACGCGCACGGUCCCCACAAACGAGCGUCACCAGAGUGAAAUAUGUCGCUCACGAGGUUUUCUUGGCCGCGAGUACGAUGCCAUAAUGUAUUCUCCGCGUUCUUUCGCUGUCGUUUCAGCGUUAAGCGAUCAAUCAUGAACGUUUACGAACUCGCACAGUUGUCGAUUUUAAGGCAAUCUUUGUUGUAUACAGCUAGAAAGUAGA